AGGGUGCUGGGUGCUACAAACUCCUACAGAGUCACAGAGGCAGUUCAAAUGUGAACUGACAAGCGGAGAAGCAGCUUGUGCUCCAUUUCUCUCUCAACCUGCUUCAUGUAGUAUCUGUCUCCUCUGUAAUACUUCUCCUUCUUGCUGUGUCAGGAGCUCACUCCCUCCCUUUUUUCUUUCUUGUAUUUGGUUCUACACUUUUUAUUUGUCUCCUGCACUUCUGACCUGAGGCUUACCAAGGACCAGACAUGGGUGAUGCCCAUGGGUCAUCCGUUGGCCCAGUCGACCUUCUCCUUUGUGACACCUUCACCCAAGUUCCAGGAGAUGGGAUUCUCCUCUCGCUGCUCCUGACCCAGAAAGAACUGAAAAUAGAGAGCCUGAGUGCCACCUCGUCGCCCCCUCACCCAUCGUUCAAUCUAACCGACUGCGUCAGCUGUCACUCCUUCAAGGGUAAAGACCCCAAAGACAUCGGCGGCUAUUUCACAGUCGUGUUUUACCCUCUCAGGGGGAUGUUAGGAUCUACAAACCACAGGCAACGAAUUUCUAGAACGUUUCGGACAGAAGCGUCAAGGGACGCGGAGCAGAACAUGAAAGUCGCCAGGGCCUGGACGGAGAAGAUACGGCAGCUGUCCAUGGAGCAAGGACAGCCAUGCCUCGUGCCAUCAGGAGUCCGUGUUCUUGUGUUGUUAAACCCUUUUGGUGGAACAGGAAAGGCUCUCACUCUGUUUGAGACCCAAGUCAUGCCUAUGUUGACAGAAGCCAAUGCCCAUUUCACUUUGCUGGUUACAGAGAGGCCCAACCAGGCAUAUGAGGUGGUACGUGACCAGGAUCUGUCUAGCUGGGAUGUGAUUGCAGUAAUGUCGGGGGAUGGACUUUUAUAUGAGGUCAUUAAUGGGUUAAUGGCACGACAGGAUUGGGCGGAUGCUAUUAAAAAGCCCCUUGCUGUCCUUCCAGGCGGUUCAGGAAAUGCUCUAGCUGCAUCUAUCAAUUAUUAUUCUGGACACGAACAAGUUGCAGGUAAAAAACUCCUCACAAAUUGUGCUUUUAUCCUGUGUAAGGGCCAGCCUCUACCCCUGGACAUUGUCUCCCUGACCACCUUGCCCGAAAAGAGGAUCUUCUCCUUCCUCAGUGUGGCCUGGGGCCUAAUUUCAGACAUUGACAUAGAAAGUGAGAAAUACAGGUUUAUGGGCCAUGCCCGUUUCUCCGUAGGAACUUUUGUGCGGCUGACCGCACUGCGUACUUACUCAGGACGUCUCUCCUUUUUGCCAGCCAGCUCCUCAGCAACAGAAAUGGACAGUGGAGAUAGUCCUCCAGCAGGCAGCACAGUACUAGAAGAUCAUCUACUGGUACCGCUGGAUCAGCCCAUUCCAAGUAACUGGCAUACUAUUGAAGACCAGUUUGUCCUUGUUCUGGCACUCUACCAGUCUCACCUGGGGGCUGAACAUUUUACUGCCCCUAUGGUCAAAGGUCCGGGUGAAGGGUGUAUCCACCUGUACUAUGCCACCUCCGGAAUCUCAAGGACAAGUAUUAUAAAACUGUUUAUGGCUAUGGAGAAGGGAACACAUCUGGACCAGGAUAUUCCCUAUUUGACUCACCUUCCUGUUCUGGCAUUUCGAAUAGAACCGUAUGUAAGCACUGGUAUCAUGACAGUGGAUGGAGAGGCCAUUAAAUGCAGUCCGAUCCAGGGACAGAUUCACAGGGGCUUGGGACGCGUGAUAUCAAUUGCUUCAAAGUCCCAAUGCAAACAGUAAUGCUGCUUGAGUUUUAGAACCUACAUGCGCUGAAAAGGAAAUACUAUUGUAUUCAUUAGAGUCUAUUUUACAAUGAAGCUUGCAUCGCUAUUACAGCUAUGUAAUUUAAAACAUAAAUAGCUCAUGCAUUUAUUUCAGAUAUAGUGCCAAGGAAGUAUAGUAAGACUGCAUCAGUUAAAAUAGCUGUGUGAGUAGGUGUUAAUUUAUACUUUGAGAAGGUGACUCAAGCACGCUAUUUAGAACAUCAGCGUAGUAAAAAAGUUCCACCCAUAUUAAGGGAUUACUUUGUACUUUUAUACAAAUUUAUUUUAUUUAUCGCGGUGAGGACUAAAACACAUUUUAAUUAUUUUUUUGAAGUCACGUACAUAUGAACUAUUGUACCUGAAUGCAAUUAAAUAUUUUAGGUUGCCCUUUUUGAGAAAGGAGGAGGGGCUGUAGCCUAAUAC